UUCAAAAGACAUCAGAAAGCACAGACUUCUUAAAUAAGAAAAAAGGAACAGGUUUCAACCCAUCUGGUCAUCUUCAGGGUAGAGAUUCAUGAAAGUGGAACCACUUUAAUUUCUCUUCGUUGGAGCACUUCUUUUGCAACAUGUCUUACUAAAUAAAGGGUUGUCUGCUCUCUUUACCUCUCUCAACCUGAUCUUCUUUGUUGAAGCUUUUCAAAUACUGCAGCAUGUGGUGUUGCGUGAACCCCAAAAGGAAUUUCCCUAACUUACUCCAUCACCCGCAUCUUCUCGGCUCUUUCAGUGCUCUGAAUCUGUGAGUGUCUCAGUUUUGUGGUGCAGCACAGCCCUGUUCGGCCAGCCAAGCCUUCCAUCUCCGUAGAUAUUUUGCGUGGACUUGGUUGCAACAGUAAGUAGAUUAAGGGACCAGUGAUUGAGGGCAAAUCAAUUACUGUAGCUCAGUGGUCUGUGUUUGGGCUGGUGGGGGAGUGGGGUGGGUUGGGAUGGGGGUUACUGUUGCAUUUAUUUACUGUGUGCAGGGCGCAACCACAUUACCCAGCUUCCUUUUUCUAAUGGAAACAUCCCGAACCGACCAUCACUGUAAUGUUCAGAUUACUUUCUUCAGCUAACGUGUCUGUAGUGAUCAGCAGUGACUUUAUAAUCCCAGAUAUGUUAGUGCAUAUGUCUGCGUUCAGUGGCUUUUUUUUUUGUUGUAUUUUUUGGCAUUUAUCUUCAUUUAUUCCUAAUAUGAUGCACAUUAGGAGAUUACAAGAGGUGGCACUGUACCUUAUACUGUGUGAUCUAAAGUCUCAGUGACAUACCUCCUAUAAUUUUCUGCCACAAACUCAAUUGACAAAUGUGUAGGGACCUUACUCCGUCCUACUUCUUAUGAUAUCUUAGUGAUAUUUCCUCUAGGAACAACAAUGUGUUUCCACAUACAGGCCUUUGUUUUUUGUUUUUUUUAUAGUGUCCCUCUCUUAAAUGUACCAUAUCAAGUCCUUUGCCUGGGCAGGGAGGAUGUUGUGUGUGAUUCGGGGCGGCUCCUCUCCUCCCACCUCCUCCUCCCAGUCCGCCCAGCAGCGGACUCCGUCAUUUCGCAUUUUCGUCCCUCACUUGUUGGAUGUGUUCGUUUGAAUUUCUGUGAUUGCCCCCUUGGUGUCCCGAGAAGACCACGUUUGUGUGUGAAGGUUAAAGCGGUUUCACAGGUUACAUGCGCGUAAAAGGCGCCUGAUCCGAAGCCUUGUCGCCGUCCUUUACCUGUGUGUUUGCUCCUGUUGUCGCACCGUGACUAUGAUCCGUUUAUCGGUGUCCUCCGGUUGUGGCUUGCUCUGCUGCCGUCCCUCUGACCUCUAGUCUGCUGGUCCCAAGGCGGGAGCGUUGGGUUUUUCUGGCGGCGUUGUGCGCUCUGGACUCGGGGCUCAUCCUUGGAGAAGUUCCGCCGCAGUCCCAUGCUCAGCGCUCCUCCGCUCUCCUCCCGCACCGAUAGGAAUGCUGGUGGCUUUUCAUGGUCAAACUCCACAGGAUUAGCCCGAGUUGGACAAACGGACCAUGUAACGAGAUCAGGAGGAAGGAGCCGCCCAGCCUCUCAUCUGUCGGCAGUCAAGUUUCAUUAUGUUCAUUCAGUGUGGCUCUCCAGCGGUGUGACCUCUCAUCUUUUUGCGAUUUGACUUCUCUUCACCUUUGCAACCUUUGAACACUCUUCUGAUGUGUUAAGCAACUUUGCUGAACAGUUUGAUGGAGAGCUGGUCGGAUGACAGCUGGAACUGUUGUCAUAACCGGAGGAAUACUGGCCACAGUGAUACUUCUGUGUAUCAUAGCUGUGCUCUGUUACUGUAGACUCCAGUACUACUGCUGUAAGAAGAAUGGGUCUGACAGCGGCUCCAUCUCUCAGCAACACUUUGCCUGCAACGCCUGCAGUGUCACCGGCCUGGACGGGUCAAUCGUCACCCCUCUGUCCCUGUCACCGCCAGAGCCGCCUGGAUCCUCCAACCCCACCAAACCCAGAGGGGGGCGACGCAGCUACUGCCCCACCUGCUCACCCUACGACUCACCCUUCUACAUCCGUACCACUGAUGAGAUGCGCAACGGUGGCGAGCGCAUCACCUACAUGCCCACACACUAUGAGAACCAGGCACUGGCCAUGCCGCUGCCCGCCGUCCGAGGCUCCCUGCUGAGGGAGACUCAGCGAGGGCGGCCUCCCGAUUUCUACACCAAUACCCGAGCCAUCAGCACUGAGGUGUGACUACCCCGAAACCCCAUAACACCACCCAUUACACACACAGACACUUUUCUUUGCACUUACGCAGACACACACAAACACACACACACACACACACACACACACACACACACACACACACACACACACACACCAGCACCACCACUAACAAGACCACAGAAGUGAUUUUGACACGUACAGCAGCUCCCAGUGAGGAUCUGCUGGAUAAAGGCCCGCUGUCUGUGCAGGCUAAAUUAUCACAUGUAAUUAGGGUUUGGGGUCUGGGGGGAUUUAAGUGAGGAUUGUCUAAGCCUACUGCUGAAGACUGAAGUGUGUGAGAAGCAGGGAUGACUCUCAAACCUAGUUCCUCACUUUAUACCCGUACAUUUUAAAUGUUCCUGUUCAUAAAGACAGUAAUUCUAUAAUUGAUGGUAGAUAAAACUGUAGCUGUAAAAUGUCUUGUAAGAAAAUGUCCCUUUAUCCUCCCACAUGAAGGGCGUGGUCGUGCACCGUCUGUUGACUGUUACUGUGUCUUUACUGACUGAGGGCUAUCUUAGAUAAUUUAUGAUUUUUCCCCCUUGCUGCAUAUCUUCCCAAUGACUGCCGAAAAGACAAAAAACAAAACAAAAACAAAACCGUAUUAUGAAGUAUGUAGCAAAUAUGAAGCAAUUUUGUCGUGAGAAGCAGAACAGAGACUGAAGUACAUUUGAAAAAACGGCAAAAGGAGGAAAAAGUCAGCAUGCCCUCUGCAGUUUCCUGGAUCUCUGGAAGCAGGAAAGGUAGAAGAGAGCAGACAACUGGAGCUUUCCCUAUGCAAGCUGUCUGUCAAACGACUGCGGCUCCAGCAAUCUCCUUUCAGCUGUUUUCAUCUCAUAUACUUUUUACUGGAGGAAUAUCAUGAGCAGUGUGCACCCCCAGUGAGAUAUAACUACGGUGUACAUAUAGAUAGACCUAUGAGCAUUUCAAACUGGAUCUUGGAUACAGUAGUUCCAGCACUGAACUACCACUUUCUCCCCUAAGGCACAAACCUGUGAAUAAACAAGUAUGCCUGAGCCCUUGAACGCAACAGUGGUAAGAUGGAAGUGAACUGGGGGAAUUUCUCUUUACUGACAGUGAUGCAAAAAGUUUGAAAUGUAAAUAUUAACCAGAAAGCAACGGAAGUGUCUCUUGAUCCCACAGUCUUCUUGACGGAGAGAGAUGCACCCUGGGAUUUGAACAUGAUGUAUUUUGAAUGAGGGAGUGUGAUUUACUAGUUUGUGCUAUUUUGUCUACACACUCCUCCUAUACUCCUAUACUACUCUCAUGUUGAAUCUUUGAAAUGCAAUUAAUCAUGUCUUUUCUUUUCAUGUUUUUUUUUUUUCCACAUGUGAGAAAGUCAGAGUACACAUUUAUGUGAUUGAAAACAGUUUCACAUUGCUCAUUUUCUACAUGGCACUUACCCAACAUUGCUUGCCAUUCACAAAAAAAAAAUGUUUCCUGUGAUAUUUGUCUUUGUAUUUCUAUGUACAGCAGGGCUCAGUGAGGCAGUGACUAAGCAGUGCAGGAAACCUUACGGACUUGCAUGGUGUGAUAACGUUGGAUAAUUUUGGGGCAGGCCUGGUUUUGUCAUUCAAGCAUUAGAAAAAAAUGCACUCCCCAACCUCUUUUCAGCUGUGCAUAUAACAUAAUUAGAACCCAUUCAUCAGCAGCUACUUCAUUUAUUUCACAAUUACUUUUUCAUCAAGGUUAAAUAGAAGCCAACUGCAGUGCUGUUAUACUGUACAUCUUUACACAACAAUUGUGGGUUUUCUCUGGAUGAACUAAAAAGGGCAAAUAAAUGUACAGAGGACUGGCCAAAUGAAAGUUCAUCACUAAAGAUCAACAUGUUUGCUUUUAGGAGAAGUGGUGAAAUCUAUCCAUACACAUCUGAGCUAGAAUCUCUAAGGAGGAUUCAGUGGAAUAAAAACAGUGUUUAUCCAUGUUGUUGUCCACUACCACAGCUAAGGAUUCAUUGUCAUCAUUCAUUUAUUUACCCAUUGUAUUAACUAUAUAUUUUACUACUUACUUAACUAGUUAUCUUUGAACAUAGAAAAACAAUGAAUUUUUAGAAAUGUGGUUAAAAAACGUCAAAUCAUACAUGAUAAAUACAGAUAAAAAACAGUAAUAUUUGACAGUGUUAACUUUUGACAAUUAAAGAUUUGUAACUGCUUGAAAUUGUUUAUUGUGUGAUUGCUGACAAGACUACACACACACAUUCACACACACAAGUGAGCAGUGUUAUACGUAUUCAAUUGGAAAUAUUAAAUUAACUUGAGUUUCAUCAAGAUGCCAGAAGUCUGACCUCCAGAUAAUGAUUGUCAUGAGGUAAACAACCACUAAUUUUUGGAACAAAGCAUUAAUCUAUCUUAUGAUUUUCCCUAAAUGAUGCCUUCUUUGGUAAAACAAAAGCUUUCUAUAACUUAACAACAUAUUUUCUCAUUUUGAACAUCCAAUGAGAAAGGAGUAAAUGUUGAAAUAAUACUACCUGAUGGGGAAGUAAUGUUCCCAAAAGCCCUUUGUAUAACUAAAAUGCACAAUAAUACAUAUGUUUAUUAUAUGUUUAUUAGUUAUACAGUUAUGUUUUAGGCACAUUAGAUGUUUAGCGUCUUAUCCAACACCAUCAUGGAGGUGUCUGAUCAGUCCUACAUUCAUUCAGUGAGACAGACUAAUUUAGCUUUAGCUUUGGAUUGAGCGUUUUCUGUAUACUGCACUUUGUAUGAAAUUGACUGAUAAAUAAAAAAAAAUCAUGGCCUUAUUUUUGAAAGCAUCCCCACUUUACUUUUGGUGCCUAAAACUUCAAUCUAUCUAUCUAUCUAUCUAUCUAUCUAUCUAUCUAUCUAUCUAUCUAUCUAUCUAUCUAUCUAUAUAUAUAUAUAUAAAUAU